AUGAGAGAAUAUAAUCCCUUGGCUGACAUUGGGACGCCAUCUGCACGGGCGGAGGAGUUUUUCGAUAAUCUACAUACCAUCAUACACGAGGAUUCAGAUGAGAACGAGCCCGAAAUUGUAGAGCAUUUCAAGUAUGAACAGGAGCUGGAUAAGUCGCUGUUGUCGAGAAGCUCGAUCGUGGGGCUUGGAUUUGGUUUGAUGAGUCCCGUGCUGGGCAUGUGUACGUCAAUGGCUAUUGGGUUGAUCAACGGCGGGCCGGCAACCAUCAUGUGGGGGUUUCUUAUCAGUGGUAUCUGCAUUUGGUUCUGCUCACUGUCACUGGGAGAGAUUGUAUCGAAGUUUCCCAUGGAGAUUCAUGUGGGCAGUGCAAUGUUAGCCCCAGCUUCGUUGAAACUUAUAUCAUCGUGGUACACAGGAUGGCUAAUGCUCAUAGGUAACUGGACAAUGAGCACGAGUAUCACUUUUGCCGGUGCACAGCUUACGAUAUCGCUGAUACUGAUGAAUAACAAUGAUCUAAUAAAGGAUCCACACUUGGUCCUCUAUACAGUCAUUGUAUUUUACCUUGUGGUCACAAUAGUUGGGUUGAUAAAUUUGAAGUUUGCUAGGUUUAUUGAAACGAUCAAUAAAGUUUGUGUCUAUUGGAUCCUUUACGCGGUCAUAUUCAUAGAUAUUCUGUUACUGAUAUUCCACAAGGGCAAGUACAGAUCGUUGAAGUACGCACUGACACAUUUUGACAACAGUCGCUCAGGAUAUGGGAAUUUUGUUAUAUCUUUCAUCAUUGGGUUCCAACAGUCAAAUUUCACGUUGCAAGGGUUCAGUAUGUUGCCUGCAUUGGCGGAUGAAGUUAGAGUCCCUGAAAAGGAUAUCCCCCGUGGUAUGUCGAACGCUGUGCUACUCUCUGCGUUCUCAGGAAUAAUUUCCUUACUUCCAAUCAUGAUCAUUUUGCCUGAUAUGGACACUUUUAUUUUCUACGAUGGACGCGUUCUCCCCAUCGUCAACAUAUUCACACAGUCAACAGAUUCUGUCAUCCUUUCAACGUUAUUGGUACUUUUGAUUCUAGGCAAUUUGUUUUUCUCUGGGAUUGGCUCCAUCACAGCAUCGUCGCGGUCGGUGUACAGUUUUAGCCGUGACCAUGCCAUCCCAGGUUACGAUCUAUGGACAUUUGUUAAACCAGAAUCCGAAUCAAAAGUCCCUAAAAAUUCGAUCCUGUUGAGUAUGCUCAUUUCAUAUAUCCUGGGACUGUUGGCAUUGUUUUCCACUGCCGCUUUCAAUGCGUUUAUUGGAGCCGCCGUCCUGUGUCUGUGCUCAGCAACUUGUAUCCCGUUGGUUUUGGUUCUUUUCAGAAGGAGAAGGAUACUGAAGUCAGCUCCCGUCAAAAUAAGGUAUAAGCUCGGUUGGGGGAUCAAUAUAUUUUCCAUUUGCUGGUUGCUACUGUCGAUGUUUUCUGUUUGCCUCCCUACCAGAAUCCCCGUCACGUUCAAGACGAUGAACUAUGCUCUUGUGGUGUACGUUGUCUGUUUGAUCUCAAUUACAGUGUUGUAUUUCUUCUGGGGGAAGUCCAACUUCAGACUGCCCAAGGCAGAUGGACAAGUUGCCAAGUACGAAAUGGGAUCUGAUGUUGGGGGUUUGAGUGACGAAGGAGGCAUUCAAGGAGCCGGUUUUCACACAAUCGGGGCCACCAUCAGCCCGGAAGAAGAUGCGCCAGUCUAUACGGUGGAACCUGAGGAACCAAAGAUAGUUCCCUUUGACGUCAUUCGUCACGACAAUAACGAAACUGUGCUUUUGGAAGACAGGAACAAGAUACGAACGGAUAACUCAAGCAGUGUCGAACUUUCGGAAACUGAUCUUCAGGGAACAGAUGAUUGGGGGGUGCCACUAAGUCUCACAGCGAGUCCCGUUGGGAUUGGAAUAUACACGAAGCAUGGGACCCAACUAGACACUAUUCCACCCGCAUCCCAUGCAGAAGGCUCGACGGGGCUAAACAGUGACAGCAAAGGUUUACCACAUUUUUUAAGCACUGCUUCACCCGAGGAGACAGUAUUUGAACAGAGUGAAUCGCCCGUCAUAAUUCCAGAUAACCCAUUUGACGACGGGGGCACGAAUAAUACAUCUGGAAGCGAUGACACUCGGAAUGGAACCAGUUAA